UAUUGGUAGCGUGUUCUUAGGGGGACGUAUUUGCCAUUGCACUGUUGUCAAAAUUUGUCCAGUCGUACAUGUCGAAGCUGUCUGCUGAAUAAAUACAAUUUACAGAAUGACAGAUGGUCCAGAAACGCCGCCUAACUAUGAGGAGCAGUUUGCCCACCGGUUUUCUCUCGAGGACCCAGAAUACCAGCAGUACGUGAGUCGCCCCGCCAACCCCCCGCCACUGGUAGAGGACUGGUGCGGGCGUGGAGGUGGAAACAACCGGGGCAGAGACAACAGAUCCCAGGACCGUGGCGGGUACAGGGGCCGGGGUUGGGGAGGAGACAGGGACCGCGGAGGGGACAGGGACCGCGGAGGGGACAGGGACCGCGGAGGGGACAGGGACCGCGGAGGGGACAGGGACCGCGGAGGGGACAGGGACCGCGGAGGGGACAGGCGUUACGGCCAGGGGGGUGGUGGGCAUCAGUCUGGAAGAUACAACUCCUAUAACCAGAGACCAUCACAUUACGACCGCUACUGAACUCCUCUUACUGUGGAGUGACCCCAUUCACAUCACCCCAGGGCUCUCCAACCCUGUUCCUGGAGAGAGACCCUCCUGUAUGUUUAAACUCCAACUCUGGUCCUGGGGAGAAACCUUCCUGUAAGUUUUCACUCCAACCCUGUUCCUGGAGAGAGACCCUCCUGUAUGUUUAAAAUCCAACCCUGUUCCUGGAGAGAGACCCUCCUGUAUGUUUAAAAUCCAACCCUGUUCCUGGAGAGAGACCCUCCUGUAUGUUUAAAAUCCAACCCUGUUCCUGGAGAGAGACCCUCCUGUAUGUUUAAAAUCCAACCCUGUUCCUGGAGAGAGACCCUCCUGUAUGUUUAAAAUCCAACCCUGUUCCUGGAGAGAGACCCUCCUGUAUGUUUAAAAUCCAACCCUGUUCCUGGAGAGAGACCCUCCUGUAUGUUUAAAAUCCAACCCUGUUCCUGGAGAGAGACCCUCCUGUAUGUUUAAAAUCCAACCCUGUUCCUGGAGAGAGACCCUCCUGUAGGUUUAAAAUCCAACCCUGUUCCUGGAGAGAGACCCUCCUGUAGGUUUAAACUCUAACCCCAGGUGUAUCUAACCUGAUUCAGUUUAUCAACCAGAUAAUUAUUAGAACCAGGUGCACUAGACUAGAGUUGGACUAAAAACCUACAGGAGGGUAACUCUCCAGGAACAGGGUUGGAGUUUAAACCUACAGGAGGGUAACUCUCCAGGAACAGGGUUGGAGAACCCUCCAUUAUUACACACAUAGACCUGGCUGACACACACUGUGGCCGUAGCAGGUCAAUCUGAUCUCUCGCCUCUCUUCCAGAUGUAAUAUUGUAUUGAUCAGUGAUGUCAUGCUCUAAUCCACACAGAACAGGAUUACAACAGUGGUAUUGAUUUUUCCAGCCAGUAGUCUGGGCAUAGAGACAAACUAUUUUCUCUAUAGGCCCUUUUAUAAAGUAGUGCACUAUAUGGGGAAUAUGGCCCUGUUCUAAAGUAGUGCACUAAUAUAGGGAAUAGGUUGUCAUUUGGGACACAAUCAGUGCAGCGGCGUCGAUAGAGACGGUUACAACGUGAACUGCAGGGCGGGAAAAAUGAGUUAAAGACUUCAACUACCUGCCGUCAAAUGUAGCGUUUAAAGAUGUUCAUCUUUGCUACUAGUGUGAUGAGCUGCGUUGCCGUGGUGCAUUGUGGGGUGGUUCUCUUGUGUUCAUUUAGUUUGUUUCUCUUGACUUCUAAGACAACAUAUUCAGCUGGUCUGGAUGUUGAUACAGUGUUAUUGAAUCAAUCUAAAAAUGUGUCAUUAAUGAAAACCACAUUUGAACAGUCAAUGUCAUCUAUUUUCUUUUGUCAUAAAAUUUGCUUAUUCUUUCCAGUUGAAUAUGUGACUUGAAAUUGUAACCAGUUACACAUUUUUUUUCUUGUCUGAAAAAAUACAAAUAUAAAAAUUG